AUCGUCUAUCAGUAUAUCGUUUAAAAUCGUGCUGUUGUUUUAGCCGGCUUCCGACUGAAUUAGGAAAUUCCACUUUCCUCUUCCUGUUUUUCGAUUUUGUGGGCAAUUUUCAAAGUGUUUAAGCAUGAAUUUGAACGAGCUGCUGCAAGAGGCACAACGCCUCGCAAAUGAGACAGAACUGCCGCCCGUGGAGCGCACGCUGUCGCAAGUGCUUCAGGCCACACAGGAAUUGCAUUCGCGCGUCACACAAAACGGCUCCAACGAUUUACAAGCGCAGCUGCUGCUUGGCUCCCGGGGCGUGGAUCUGCCAAAGCUAACACAAAAGGUCGAAUCGUUGAGCGCGCGCCAAUCUUUCGAGCCCCUCAAUCCGAUCGCCGACACCGAUGUGGAUGGGUUUCUGAAGAACGUGCGUAAUAAUGCCAUAAUCGCCAUCAUUGAGGAGACUAAUCAGAAUAUAUUUAAAAUGGUUGAGCGAAACAAGAUGCGCGCCAUGUUUGCCGAGUGGGGCGAUGAAAAAGAGCUGCUGCUUAACGCAAUGGUUGGCCCCACUCAGGAGGACUUUCCCGAUGUACCCCGUCACAUGGUGUCUACAAUACUGCCAGAGAAUGCGCUGCCGCGCUCUCGUCUCAAUCGAAUUGAGGCAUUGUACGCCGCAGAGAUUAGCGAAUACAAUAAACAGCACGGCCAGGGCAACCAGCGUUUCAAUCUGCUGACGAAGCUCACGCAACUGGUCAAGGAGCCGCAGAACGGGUUCGACGGCUCGGUGCAAGAGAUGUGGAGCGUACUGGCCUAUAUGGCCAAUGUCACGCCACUCUCCCGCACCGCAGAUCCCAUUAAAGCCCGCCAAACGGGCCAACAAUUCGUGCAGCUGGCUCUGGCCUAUUUGGAGCAGGCCUAUAAGAAGUACAUGAACAAGAUCAUCCAGUUCAAUCGGCUUGUCGGUCAGCGCGGCGGCAUACCCAAUGUCUAUAAUACGGUCAGUUCGUUUGUGACCGUCACAUUCCAGUUGCCACAGAGAUUGGUCGGCCUACUCGAUGUGACCAACAAAUGUCCGCUGUGGCCGCUCGUCUAUUACAGUUUGCGCAGCGGUGACCUGGGUGCUGCCGCACAGUUCCUCAAGGAAGCCGGCGUUUCGCCCGAUCUGCUAAAGCUCAUCCAGCACAAGCAGCAGGAGCAGCAGCAUAAGCGACAGCACCAUCCCCAACAUCACGAACUGGGCGACCAGGAGCGACCCAAUGCAAAGCUGGAGAGUCAGCUAAAGCUCGAAUAUAGCAAUAAGCUGCGCGUCUGCACUGAUCCCUACAAAAAGGCGGUGUAUGCCAUCGUGCUGGCUUGCGAUCCCCAUGAGCCGCACCCUGAGGUGGUACGCACCAUUGAUGACUUCCUCUGGAUGCAGCUGUCCGUGCUAGCCACAGAUGAGCGUCCCGACUAUCACAUUGAUCGCCUCAGCUACAACGGCCUGCAGUCGCUCAUUUUGGACAAGUAUGGCGAGAACUAUUUCAAUGCAGGCGAGAAGAAGUCAAUAUAUUUCCAGGUGCUCGUCUUAACUGGCCAAUUUGAGUCGGCGAUUGAGUUUCUGGCCCGCACCGCUGAGAAUCGUGCGCACGCCGUUCACAUGGCCAUUGCCCUUAACGAGAUAUCGAUGCUGGGCACGCCCAGCAACAGCCAGCAGCCGCUGCUUUGCAUCGAGCCAACAGAUCCCUCGCCCAUGCGACGCCUCAACUUGGCCCGGCUCAUCAUCAUGUACACGAAAUGCAUCGAGCAGACGGACACCACUGAAGCAAUGCAAUACUAUUACUUGCUGCGCCAUUUCAAGGCCAACGAUGGACGCAACAUGAUGCUGACCUGCGUCUGCGACAUGCUUGUCGAGAACUGUGACGCCGACAUGAUAACUCUAGUCUUUGGCACGCCCGAUCUCAACGAUCCCUGGCGUUAUGUUGGCGGCAUCUUCGCACUGUUUCCCAGCAUGGAUCACGACAAGUAUACGCUCGCCGGCAUGGUGGGCGAUGAUUUGUCGCAGCGUACCAAAUUCCAGUUGGCCAUUCAGCUGUACUUUAUAGCCGGGCAGCUGGACAAGGCGUUGCGCUUGCUGAGCUCGCUGCUGAUGCAGGUGGUGCAUCAGCCGCCCAGCGAGGGUAGCAUGCGGGAGCAGCUGACGAUUGUGACGGAGCGAAUGAAUCACUUGCUGACCGAGCGCAAAGUGGAUGUUGAUGAGCAUGUGAUGGCUACGUAUACGCUGCUCUCCCAAUUGCUCAAAUUCUUUGAUUACUACCAUGAGGGCAACGGUCGUGUGGCCGCUGAGAUAUUGGCCAAGAAUCGCAUUACGCCAAAUAGCUGUGCCGAGGUGGACGAGUGCGUUAGACGCCUGAAGCUGAUCGGUCCCGAUAUCAUCAAGGUGCUGCCCGAUGUCCUGCUGGCCGCCAUGGAUCUCAUUUAUGAAGAGUACAAGGAUUACAAGUCCACCAGCGGAUGCGGUGGCAUCGGCAGCGCUACCAGCAGCCGCUCUGGCGUAGACAAUUCGAUCAGCGAGAGCAAGGAGGAGCGGCUGAUGCAAUUACGGCAACGCGCCAAGGCCCUGACAAACAUGGCUGCAACGCUGCCCUGCCGCAUGUCCGCGGACACCAACAAUCGCCUCGUGCAGCUGGAGAUAUUGAUGCACUAACACAUCGAUAAGGGUUAACCAACUGGAAGACUUGCAUUUGUUUUUAUGAAAUGUUCUCUUUUAUUAAAAAGAUUAUAAUUGGUAUUUGGAAAAUUGAAAA